UCUCUCCUAAAACCUCAACAUUUUGCUCUACAAAUUAUCAAACAUUUUAGUACUUUCAUAUUGCAUAAAUUUAUAUGUAAGAAAUGCCCGGAUCAAAAAGCUCCUUAAACUUCAACGAGUUAGCUCUUCUAGAAUCUAUCUACCACCAUCUUCUAGAUGACUCAGCUUCUCCGGCUCCGGCAAUAAGCAACAGCUUCGGAAGUGCUUCGCGGACAAGCUCGAAUAUUUCGAGUUCCGAUAAUGGCCUCGCAUUCACCGCAAAUGACAGUGAACUUCCAUUCAAACAUAGCGAGCGCUGUUCCGAUCAGGACAUGCUGACCUAUGGAGGUAGUAACAGUAGUAUUACUGAUCCAUAUGUAAUUAGCUGCCCUGGAGACUCCGAUGCGGCGAUGGCGAGUGAGAAGCAAGCGCCGCGGAGGGCGAUGCAUUUCAGGGGCGUCAGAAGGAGGCCAUGGGGAAAGUACGCGGCUGAGAUAAGAGACCCAGCAAAGAACGGCUCAAGGGUGUGGCUGGGGACUUAUGAGAGAGCGGAGGACGCUGCGCUGGCUUACGACCGAGCCGCUUUCAAAAUUCGUGGCGCAAAAGCAAAGCUGAAUUUUCCUCAUUUGAUCGGCUGCAGUUACGAAGUUGAGCCUGUUAGGGUGACUACAAAACGGCGCCGCUUCCCGGAGCUGGAUUACGUCAACGAGCCUCCGCGGUAGCAAAGUCGAAGAGGAUAAACAGGGUUGUCUAGUUUCACUCGUUUGUCUCCAUAGCUGAUGUUAUUGGUUGAGGAAGCGAGAGAGAAAUGAUUAAGUCAUAUAUAUAUAUAUACAUAUACAUAUAUAACUAUAUAUCACGCACACUCUGAACGUAACCCUAACGAAUGGUGUGCAAGUGUUUUUAGUUUUUUUUUUUUCUUUCUUUCUUCUUCCGCGAAAAUAAUAUGUAAGGCUUAAACAUUUUGUCAGAGCUCAACAGAGCAGUUUACGAGCAAAGUAUUUUAAAGAAUAAAUAUGUGAACUUUUAUCA